UGUAAGAAUAAAGUGGACCCUGUUUUCUUUUCGUAAAAGCGGUGUCAGGGACGUUAAGUAGCAAUGUAUCCUCGAAGACGCUGUCCUCGAAUUCACCAUUACACAAACUUACCACCAUGAGCCCUCACAAAGUCGAAGUCCUCCCCUCUGCGGCCGCCCUCCCAUCUUAUGGCAUAUCAAAGAUGGGAUUCCUGCCUGCAAAUGCACCUCUGACGCGCCUACCGAGCGAUUAUUAUCAGCCAUGGGAGUCCAUUAUCGAAGUGUUGCCCACCCUUAUCGAGACGCAACAGCUCCGUCUGCGAGUUGACGAACUCUCUGUUCUCGACACAAAGGAUCUUAAGACGGAAGCAGAGUGGCAAAGGGCAUACUCUAUGCUAGCAGUACUUGCCCAAGGCUAUAUCUGGCAAGGACCAGAGCCUUCAGAGCGCCUCCCCCCUGCUGUCUCUGUCCCCUUCCUGAAGGCAGCUGAGCACCUCGAGGUACAUCCUGUCGCAACAUAUGCAGCACUGAACCUGUGGAACUGGAGAUCGCUCGAGAAAGGAGCCAAUAUUACACAACCGGAUAACUUGGUCGCGCUGCAUACUGCCACAGGAUCCGAUGACGAGUCAUGGUUUCUCAUCAUCUCGAAUGCCAUGGAGGCUAGAGCAGGGCCUCUAUUGCACAUUAUGCUAGCAGCUAUGGAAGCCGUUGAGCAUGACGAUGUAGCUGCGAUCGUAUCGGGAUUGAAAUACUUUACAGAAAGCAUGAAGGAUAUCGGCAGACUAUUAGAGCGCAUGGACGAGCGCUGCAACCCACAGAAGUUCUACUACACCAUUCGGCCGCUGUUGGCAGGGAGCAUGAACAUGGAGGCUGCCGGGUUACCAAAUGGCGUCUUCUAUGACGAAGGCGACAGCAAAGGAGAGUGGAGGAAGUACCGCGGUGGCAGCAACGGUCAAAGCUCGCUUUUGCAAUUUUUCGAUGCCGCACUCUCUGUCAACCACUCUCGUUGCGGCAAUUUCCACGCCGAGAUGCGCGAUUACAUGCCCGGGCCACACAAAAGGUUCCUGGAUGAUAUUGAGUCCAUCGCCAACAUUCGGGCCUACGUCGACACGCACCAAAACAACGCUGAACUCCUGAAUGCCUACAAUGAGGCCGUGGCUGCAUUGAGUCGAUUCAGAGACAUCCACAUCGCUCUUGUCACCAGAUAUAUCAUCAUCCCUGCACGCCAGGGAAGACCAGCCCAUUUCACGGACCGCAAGGACAUUGCAUCCAUGAGCACCAAAAUGGCAUCAGAAAAGCCACAGACACAGGAACUGGUCGGCACGGGCGGCACUAAGCUCAUUCCUUUCCUCCGUACAUCUCGGGACGAAACCAACGAAGCCACUGUUUCAUGAGAUAACGCCAAGCGUGACACAGAGUCGUUCGUUGUGGCCAAACAGCCUGCAUGUGGUUUGGAACGAUCUCCCCGCAUGAAAGCUGAACGCAGCAAACUCCAUUUUGAUUUUCUUGCAUUUGGCAUUAUGAGCGCUGCAUGGCGAAUGGUGUUUGAGUUUUCCGUGCUCAGAGGAAGCUUCCGCCACUUUGCUGGUCGUACAUGGGGAAGAGUGGUAUAUCUGCGAUGGACGCACCAUCGAAAGUGUGUGUCCCGGGCUGCAGGAAGCCCUGUAAGCCCUGAUCAUUCUCAUUCAUCCAUGGCAUUGAGAAAAAGUCUGCAUCGUAUAUAGUCCAGUCAGAGGAUGCGACAGAAUUGACACUGUCCACUUCUGGUA